AACAAAGAUAUGAGGAUCUUCACAAAGCUCUCUGCACCACUCUGCCUCCUUUUUGUCUUCCUCUGUCUUAAAACUGCCCUUUCAUCCUCUAUACAUGCUUCUUCCUUCUCAACAACGCAUCUCUGCUCUCAUGAGGAGGCUCUUGCUUUGCUGCAAUUCAAGACAUCCUUCUCCAUCAAUUACACUUUUCUCAAUCUUUAUUAUUGUGGGCCAUGUAAUUGCCCUUAAUCUCAGCUGUAGUUUCCUUUAUGGCACCUUUCCUUCCAACAGCACUCUUUUCUUCCUCAAAAACCUACAGAGCCUCAAUCUUUCCUUGAAUGAUUUUAGGCAUUCCAAGAUUCCAUCGGAAAUCAGUCAGUUUACUAGACUAAAGCAUCUUGAUGUCUCUUUUUCUCGAUUUUCGAGCCAAGUUCCAGCAGAAAUUGCUCACCUCCCCAAGUUAGUUUCUCUCAAUCUCUCCAAUUUUGACUUGAUCCUUGAAACAACUACCUUCAAAAAUCUUGUUCAUAACUUGAGUGAGGUGAGAGAACUUGUGCUUAAUGGAGUGAACAUGACUUCUGUUAAUCCUUGUUUCUUCAUGAAUCUCUCUUCUUCUUUGACUACUCUUCGUCUUUUUUCUUGUCAGUUAAGAGGAAACUUUCCAAACAAUAUUUUUCGCUUUCCAAAUCUCAAGAGAUUUAGUUUAAGUGGAAAGAGAUUUAGUUUAGGUGGAAAGGGAAACCUCACUAUUGAUCUUCCAAGUUCCAAUUGGAGCAGUCCUCUCCAACAUUUGUAUUUAUCUCUCAUGGAUUGCGGAAGGCGAUUGCCGGAGUCUAUAGGAGAUCUAAAGUCAUUACAGUAUCUGAAUCUUCUUCACUGCAACUUGGAAGGUUCCAUUCCAGCAUCCAUAGCUUCCAUAGGUAACUUAAGGCAACUUACUAGCCUAGGCCUCUCUUCUAGCAAUCUUAACGGACAAAUCCCACCAUCACUUGCAAACCUCACCCAACUUAGCUCUCUUGGCCUUUCAAAUAAUCAGUUUUCUGGUCCCAUUCCUUUUCAUGCAAGUAGGUUUUCCAAACUAAGUGAUUUAGUAGAAGCUGACAUGUUCUCGGCACUUCAAAAUCUGGAAACCAUCUUUCUUUCAGACAAUAAUCUGUCCUUGAGAAUGAAUGUCAAUGCCAACUUCACAUUACCCAAACUAACUUAUGUUUCCUUUUCUUCUUGUAACUUGAGUGAAUUCCCCAAUUUCAUAAGACAUUCAAAUGGUCUGCAAAGCCUAGUGCUAUCCAAAAAUAGCAUUCGUGGAAAUAUUCCCGAAUGGAUAUGUGAAAAGGAUCAUCUCAGAAUUCUUGACCUUUCUCAUAACAAUUUAAUCGGGAAGAUUCCAAAUCGUCUUCCUAAGUUUCUCUCAGUGUUGAAUUUGCAGGCCAAUUACUUUGAUGGAAAUAUACCAUUUGGGUUUCCAGAGGGCUGUGGAUUACAAAAUCUCAACUUACAUGGAAAUCAAAUGGACGGGUUAUUACCAAGGUCUUUGGUGAAUUGUAGCAUGUUAGAGGUUCUAGACGUCGGCAACAACAGCAUAGAGGAUACAUUUCCUCAUUGGUUGGAAUCUCUACCAGACCUUCAAGUGCUUGUCUUAAGGUCCAACAAGUUCCAUGGUUCUGUGCAGAGCACCAAAGAAAGUCCAUGUUUUCCGAAGUUGCGUGUUCUGGACCUGUCCAGCAAUUAUUUUGUUGGUGCUUUGCCUGUUCGCCAAUUCUUAUCAAUAUUCACUAGUUGUGACAUGGAAGGGAUUCGACUAUGAGCUGCAGGGAAUCCUGACCGUAUUCAGUAGUAUUCAUCUCUCAAAUAACAUGUUUGAGGGAGAAAUUCCAGAUGUUAUUGGAAACCUUAGUUCUCUCAAAGGGCUUAAUCUUUCUCAUAACAACCUUACUGGUCAUAUCCCACCUUCGCUAGGGAAUUUGAUGAAUCUGGAAUGGUUGGAUCUCUCUUCCAACGAGCUGGCGGGGAAAAUUCCAGAUGAAUUGGUAUCUUUGACACAACUUUCUGUGUUGAAUCUUUCAAAUAAUCAUCUU